UUGUUGAAUGCGCCUAUUUUUUGAAUACCAACUAACCAACCAAUUGAGAUUCGUUUACGGAAGGGUUUGUUCGGAAACCCGCGCGAGGACGCCGCCGAAACCCCCACGCCAUGAAGUUAAAGAAGAAACAGGAACAGGAGAAACUGGUAAAGCCGAUCCCCAAUGAACUCGAUUACGCGGAGGAACUCGAUAAGGCCCCAAGCAUUCCGGUCAAAGAAAAGAAUGGCAGAGCAAUUGAAACCAUUGAAGAAGCCAAAGGGAUCGUUUCAUUCGGUGAAGAUACUUAUUUAUUGUUCGAACUUAUUGGCAAUUACAUCAAAUUGAGGGAUAUGACCAGACUCCGGGUUGUAUGCCGGGUUGUAUGCCGGGUAUGGAAUGAGGUUUUUUCCCAAAAGGAGGUCUAUGGAAUGUUUGUUCAAACGGGGAAUUUGAUUUCAUUUUUCUCAUUGAAGAAUUAUUUCUCUAUAUUUCCGGAUCCCCUUGGUUUCAUCCACGACAAACACUUUGAAGGAGAGGACAUGGUAUUAGUGAGCUCUUGUCAAGGCAUUCUAUGUUUCCGAACAACAAGCGGAUACAUCAUCGGUAACCAUCACAGUGAAUACCUAGCCCUCCCAGCCCAAACGAUCAACCAUGGAAAAAAGAAAGUAGUAGCAAUUCUCUGCCAUGAACUUGGGGAUGGCGAUUUUAAAUUAGCAAUUGCUUUUGCUACAGAAUCCCUCAACCUUGCCUUUGAGGUCUAUGCUGAAGGCAGGUGGUUCACUAUUGUAUCAUCGAUUAAAGGGCCCCAUUUAUUGUAUCUACGAAGGGAUGGGCUCUACCACAACGGCUCUGCGUAUUUUCUGAGCGAGUGGGGCUGCAUUUACAAGUUCGAUUUGGCAACGAGAGCGAGCUCUUUGCUCCGAUGUAACGCAUUGCGUAGUGACAUCCUUGGUGUCUUCCAUAACAGAGUGUGCACCUUUCGGUUUGAUAGAGUGGCAGCUGGUUGUGAGUUGGUUGUAGCUUCAGUUAAGGAAAAUGAGGUUAAGUAUAGCUUAAAACUGGACUGGGCUAGACUCAAGCUCUUGCCAAGCGGGUGCCGAAUCCUCGCCUGCACAAAGGACCAAAAUAUAAUCAUUGCAAUCGGAAUGAAAAUAUUUUGGUACAAGAUACAUUCUAGGGUUUUGGAACCCAUUGGAUCCCUACCGGAGCAUGACAAAGCAAAUUUUGUUGCCUACUCAUGCUACGAUGUUAACGAGAUUUUGAGGUUUUAGAAAAGCAUUUUACCGGAUAGAUUUGCAGGUGGACUUUGUUGGAAAUUCACCCAAGUGGUGUUAAAGGAUGAAGUCAUGCAUGAGGUGUGCAUGGUUGAAAUGUGUGCCAUGAGAUCAUGCAUGACCAAACC